AUGGAGGUGGAUAUCUCCCCCCCAGGCGGAACCCGUCCGGCGACUCCGCUCCUGGGUGAAAACUCUGACCCCCCCUCAGGACCUACCACCCCGACCCCCCUACCCCGGAACUCCCUGAAGAGAAGGGCCUUAUUCUCCCCGCAGAAGACUCCCACUGCAGCUCCAGUCCCUGUAUCCCAUACGCCGCAAGCCCCGUCGAUCUGCGAACAGGUCGGCAUGGUAGCAGACGACCAGCUAGCCCUUCUUCAUGAUUGGAAACUAGCCAUGACCUCCCUUGCCAAAGCUCUAGAUCUAACUGUCUCCUCCCUACAGGGCCGCCCAAGAGACCUGGCCCGGGAGCUUGCAGCCAGAUUCGUCACCCUUGCAAAGCAGGACUCCCCUCAGCAGAUUUCUCAGAUGCCUGUGGUUGCACCCCCACAGCCACCCAGACAGAUGGAACAGCCAAACCAUCCUCCCACUCCUGAAGCUUCCAAAAGCCCCCUGAACAGGCAAACCUCGCAGCCUACAACCUGGGCAUCCCUAACAGCUCCAAGAACUGGCCAGGGGAACUGGCAAACUAUUGCCCCUGAACACCAUAUGCAAGCCAAGCAAACAGCACAACGAAGGCUGAAGCAGUCAAACAAGACUGACCACCGCAUCUUCCUCCGGCUCCCGGCCUCCUCCAGCCUCCGAGCUAUUGGACCACAUGGCAUCCGGGUCACCCUUGCUGGGAAGGUUCCGGACGGGAUCACACAGGUACAAGUAAUAUCAACCGGGUAUGCAAUCACUACAACAGAACAGGGCAAGGCUUUCCUACUAUCAGAGAAGGCUGCAAGCCUAGCUGGGGAUGGGUACUUUGAAAUUCCAACAGAGUACCACCAGGUUAUUGUCUCCCGGAUCCCAAAACAACUCUGGUCCCUAGAUGGAUGGAUAGAUACAACAAUUGCAGACAUUAGCAUGGAAGCAGAGCGCAUUACUGGCAUUAAGCCUCUCAUGGCCAAGCUCUCAAAACACCCAGUAGAGAGGGACUCUAUCACAGCAGUCAUAGCCUUUCCAAAAAAGCUACAACACCCCCUGCAACUCUUUGGCUUGUCUGGCCUAUCAAGGCCCACUCGCCCCAAGCAAAGGCCUUUGCAAUGCACCCGAUGCUACCGCUUCCACGAUACAAGGGCCUGCCGCUCUAGUGACCGAUGCAUCUCCUGCGGAUCCUCAAAACAAGAUCAUAACUGCCAUGUACAGUGUAUCAACUGCUGCGGCCCACAUGCAGCAGACUUCCCAAAAUGCCCAGCCAGACCCCAUGUCCAGAGGAACAUUAUUACCCGCCUCUCGAAGGAUGCUCUAGCUGCUAUCCGCAAGGCUGGCCGGCUUGCCUUCCAACAGGAACAGAAGAAAGCUGAAAGUUCUAAACAACAAGCAGACAGAAGGGGGGGCGCUGCACAUGACCUGCUACUCUCCUUUGAAGCAGAUAUCAUCCUUGUCCAAGAACCUUGGACAAAUACAGCAAAACACCUAACCAAGACCCACCCACGAUAUCAGCUGUUCAGUCCCCCAACCCGAUGGACUGCCAGGCCCAGAACUCUAACAUAUGUACGAAGGGAUCUCCCAGCCCAUUCCCUCCCGGAACCUAUCUCUCCGGAUAUCACCACAAUCUACACGGCAGGCCUUACUAUUAUCAAUGUUUAUCGGCCCCCUAAUGACCCAGUUGCCCCUGCUGGUGCUGGCUCAACACCCUCUACACUUUCCACACUCCUAGGAUAUACCCCACCAGAGAUCACCAUCCUAGCAGGAGACUUCAAUACCCGGCACCCAUUCUGGCAGCCAGAUACUGAGUCUCAUGCUGUCACACCUGGCGCAACAGGACUAUUAGACUGGCUUGAUGCCCACGAGCUGGAACUUCGCCUCGAGCCAGGCACCCCUACCCGUGGACCAAAUACCCUAGACCUACUUGGCUCUACCAACUGGGAGAAAGCCAGAACCCUGGCAAGCCCGCCUGACCCAACCCUACCAAUUAACCUACUAGCCGAGCAACUGGUCCAGAUAUCCCAGCUAGCAAUUCAAGGCGCAUCAAGAUACAAUACUCGCAGACUCCCCAGGACCCCAUGGUGGACUCCAGAACUAACAGACAUACUACACCAAACAAGAUAUCAACAAAACCCCGACUAUAAACAACUCCGGAAGGCCAUCGUACGGGCAAAGGCUGAAUACUGGAAGCAGCAGAUCGAACAAGCCACAGCACCUACAGACGCAUUCAAACUUGCUAAAUGGAUUAGACAUCCAGACCAGCUUGCUGCCCCUCCCCUGAAUGUACAAGGGGCUCAGGUCUCUACCCCGCAGGGCAAAGCAAAUGCCUUCCUCAGUCACCUCCUAGAGAAGGGGGCCCUGCUUCCAAAUCAAACAGAAGAGGGACCCCCAAACAAGCCCCUGGGCCCAGUACACCUGCCAACAAAAGAACACUGCUGGGCCGCUCUCUGUGCCCCACCCCCGUCUGCCCCCGGGGAGGACGGACUUGCCACCACUGCUUGGAGGGAGCUUUGGCCUGUCCUAGGAGACACAAUCACACAACUAUACUACAGGUGUAUAGAGGAAGGCUGCUUUCCACUAAGCCUGAAGUCAGCAAAGAUAAUAAUGUUACCAAAACCAGGAAAGAGGGACUAUACCCAACUCAACACUUGGCGGCCAAUUAGCCUCCUCUCUACCCUAGGAAAAGGCCUCGAGCGCCUUCUAGCACAGCAGAUGGCUGUAAGAGCAAUUCAGGCAGACCUGCUAGCCCCCUGCCACUUUGGGGCCUUGCCAGGACGGUCUGCCAUUGACCUGGUCCAGGUCCUUGUACACAGGGUAGAGGAGGCCUUUCAACAGGGAAAGGAUGCUUCAUUACUCCUACUAGACGUGAAAGGGGCAUUUGAUGCUGUCAUACACCAACGGCUCCUUUCUCACCUACGCCUGCAAGGAUGGCAUAAAGGCUUACUCCAGCUACUUGAGGACUGGCUUACUGGCCGUUCUGUAUCUGUUCAUAUCAAAGAAAGCACCGCUACAGCACCAAUCAAAGGUGGACUCCCCCAGGGAUCCCCCCUAUCCCCAAUACUCUUCCUACUAUAUGCAGCAAGAAUAGUCUCUACCCUAGAGAGCUCCUUCUGCUAUGCAGAUGACAUGGGUAUAUUACUAACUGGGAAUACCCUGGAAGAGAGCUCACAACAACUGGUAGAGGCCUACAAGCAAAUUACUGUCCUAGGGACAGAGACAGGCCUCCCUUUCUCAAUAGAGAAAACAGAGAUACAACACUUCUCUAAAAAGCAGCAGCAGCAUUUCCCUAUAGUCACUCUACCUGGUAUAGGGGAGAUUACACCAUCCCUAUAUACACGUUGGUUAGGAGUUCUUCUGGAUACAAAGCUUACUUUUAAAGCCCACAUUAACUGGGUCUUUAGCCGCGGGAAACAACUCGCCCAGCACCUAAAGAGACUUAGCAAUACCCAGCGUGGCUGUCCAGUGGCCUCCAUGCGCGCAGCAGUUAUACAGUGUGUUCUCCCAACAGCUCUGUACGGGGCAGAAGUCUUCUAUACAGGAAAAAGACAACAAUGGGUUGUUAACUCCCUGCUCUCUCUCUUUCGUACAGCAGCCCUGGCUAUUAUCCCAGCCUACAAGACCACCCCUACUGCAGCUCUGCUCCGCGAAGCAGACCUACCAGACCCAGAGGCUCUAUUCAACAGCAUCCUCCGAAGGGCAGCAAUAUCAGUAUACUCAGACGGCUCGCGAACUGGCCAAGGGGCAGGAUAUGGCUAUGCAAUCUACUUUGGCCCUAUCCUGGUGACCAAGGGACAUGGCCCCGCGGGCCCCAGGACAGAGGUCUAUGAUGCAGAAAUCAUGGGCGCUGUAGAAGGCCUACGCGCAGCCCUGGGACAACCAUGUGUGGGUUACUCUACCCAGCUAGUUAUCCUCCUAGACAACCUAGCAGCAGCCUCCCUGCUAGCAAGCUAUAGGCCAACUCCGCAUAGGCAUGGACUGUCAGAGUCCUUCGGCCAGCUUGCUACCCAGUGGUUGGAAGCUCCCUCAAUCCUAACCAGGCCACGGAAGCCCCUUCAAGUCCGCUGGAUCCCAGGCCAUUCUGGGAUUGCUGGGAACGAGCUGGCAGACAAGCUUGCAAAGCUUGGGUCCUCUAUAUACAGCCCUAACAUCCCCCCAUCCCCUGCAUACCUACGACGGGAGGCAAAACAGUGGCUUCGUACAGAGGCAUAUACAGCAUAUGCUAGUAAGGCACCCCAAGCCUACAAGACCCUGGAUAUCAGACCCCAUACAAAGGAAAGCCGCACCCGCGAGCACAAGCUUCCCCGUUGGGUACUUGGCCGACUCGUCGCCGCCCGUACAGGCCACGGAGACUUUACGGCAUACCACCAGCGCUUCAACCACUCAGACUACCUGGAGAGCUGCUCUUGUGGCAAGACCAAGACCCCAGUACACUUCUUCUUCUGCCCAUACACCAGAAAGCGCUGGAAAGAUAGAUGGAGAUGCAUAAGGGACGGCCCGUCAAAAACAAUAGACUGGCUCUUAAGUACAGCUGCCGGGGCUGAAGAAUUCAGCCGCAUCGUGCAAGAAUCAUCCUUCUUCAAGGAUAUAUGCCCGAACUGGGCCCGCCGGAGCGCUUGA